UUCUUGCUCUCUCACGCAGUCACAAACACAAACCCCUCCCCCUUCUCCUCUUCUCCACUCACUCUAGCUCAGCCUGGAUCUCACUCACAUUCUUCCGUUUCUCACUCCAUUCCCCUUCCCCUUCUCUACUUCUCCCUUCCUCCUACCUCACCUCUCAGAUCUCCUCAUAUCUCCGAGUCUCGUUGCAGUCCACCUACAAUCCAAAGACAGAGAAGCUUUCAUCUCAAGCUCCUUGCCCGGUUCCCCUCCUUUUGACUCAUAGCUAGCUGCAGGAGCCCAAAAAUCCAAAGAAAAGCAACAGGUGGUGAAGAAAGAGGGAAAGCACGGAGCUAGUAGGAAAGAAAGAUGGUGAUGAUGAUGGCGAUAAGUCGCCCCAUGAUUCAGCACAUCAUUCCGUCUCCUCCGAGGCCUCUGCGCUAGUGGUAAAAGGACCUCGCCGUCCGUGUACGCCUCGGUGGUGCGGUUGGGGCGGACGGGUCGCUGCGCCGCCACAAUGCCGCAGUACCAGGAGCUGCCCUGCGGCGGGCAGGUGCUCGACAUCGACACGGCACUCAAGGACGGCAUCCUCGGGUGCGGCCCGGAGCCCGGGGAUGGGGGGCUUGGGGAUGGGGCGAAACAGCCGGUGGAGCUGCGGAAGAUGAUGGACGAGCUGGACGCGGCGGUGGACGGCGGCGGGGACGAGGUCAUCCCGGCGGUGUUCAUCUGCCCGAUCUCGCUGGAGCCGAUGGUGGAUCCGGUCACGCUCUGCACCGGGCAGACGUACGAGCGCUCCAACAUCUCCCGGUGGCUGGCGCUCGGCCACCGGACCUGCCCGACGACGAUGCAAGAGCUCUGGGACGACGCUCUCACCCCCAACGCCACGCUCCGGCAGCUCAUCGCCGCCUGGUUCUCCCGCCGCUACACCCGCUUCAAGAAGCGCUCCGCCGACUUCCACGGCCGCGCCGCCGACCUCGUCCACGGUCUCCGCGGCACGGCCGUCCCGAGGAGGCAUCCCCUCAAGGGCCAGGCCCGCGUCGCCGCGCUCCGGGAGUUGCGCUCUCUCGCGUCCACCCACCAGUCCGUGACGAAGGCCAUCGCAGAGGCCGGCGGCGUGUCGCUGUUGACCUCGCUUCUCGGCCCCUUCACGUCUCACUCCGUGGGGUCCGAGGCAGUGGCCAUUCUUGUGAGCGGCGUGCCGCUCGACGCCGACGCCAAGGCAGCGCUGAUGCAGCCAGCAAAGGUAUCCCUCUUGGUGGACAUGCUUAAUGAAGGCGCGGUCGACACCAAAAUCAAUUGCGUCCGCCUCAUCCGCAUCCUCAUGGAUGAGAGGGGCUUCCGGCCUGAGACGGUGGCGAGCUUGAGCCUCUUGGUUGGCGCCAUGCGCCUAGUACGAGACAAGCGGCAUCAGGACGGUGUUGCUGCUGGGCUGGAGCUGCUAAAUUCUAUAUGUGCCGUGCACAGGCCGGCCAGGAGUAUGAUUGUUAGCAUUGGUGCGGUGCAGCAGCUGGUGGAAUUGCUGCCGGAGCUGGCAACGGAGUGCGUCGAACCGGCCUUAGACAUCCUGGAUGCACUCGCUUCAGUCCCGGAAGGCAGGUUGGCUCUGAAAGAUUGCCCGCGGACAAUACCGAAUGCCGUCCGGUUGCUGAUGAGGGUCUCUGAAGCCUGCACGCGGCGUGCGCUGUCAAUGCUGUGGGUGGUAUGCCGGAUGGUGCCUGAAGAGUCUGCACCUGCUGCCCUAGAGGUUGGACUGGCUGCCAAGCUUCUCUUGGUUAUCCAAAGUGGGUGUGGGCCGGAGCUUAAGCAGCAAGCUUCGGAGCUUCUGAAGCUUUGCACCAUGAAUUGCACAUCAACCGUGUUCAUGUCCAAGUGCAAGCUCACCAAGACAAUUCAGUAAGAGACAUGAGUUGUUGUUCUGGUUGCAAUUUGAUUCGGUGAUGUGGUUUUCAUCGGUUGGUCUCUGUGAUAAUCUGGACUAAGAAAGGAAAGGAUUCGGUUAGCAGAUUGGCGGAUCAAGACUUCUGUGUAGAUAAACUAGCAAUUAGCUGAACCGGCCGUGUCAUUUGAAGUCAUGAAGACUGGAGGAAUGGAUUGACCUGCUGCCCAUUGACAGGAAGCAUUGGAGCAGCAAUGCAGCAUGAGCACCGCCCCAAGUCGGUGGCAGGCCGGCGGAUGUACAUUCAAAUUGCUGUGAAUUUGGCCAGCUCAAUAAGCAUUUCGAGGGUGGGUUGUGUGGUAAGUACAGCCAGUUUUGCGAUAAGUAGCUGAGAAUUAAGCAAAACCCUGCAAUUUUAGAUUUUUGGCAAUGUGUUUCUGUCAGGACUGUAGUUCUUUUCUGUUUCGGUGUAAUUGAUGAUAUAAAUUGGGUAGGAUUGUAUACAGUACUGUCAAAACAUGAGAACUGGUGUGCACAUUGCCAUAGCUAGAGAAAAGUUUUGAGUUCUUCCUGCAUCUUGAUUAUUUGAUUCUCCUGUCAAAUUUGGGAAGUGUGCAACUGUGCCUAUUGCUUGUGCUGAAUAGUUUCAGGAAGCAUCACUGCUGUUGAAAUUGAAACAGUUGAAAGAUCAA